GUGUCUCUGGCUGGCUCGCCCUCCCUUCUCCCUUCUGCAUGUGUUCAGCUGCUCCAGCUGUCUCCCACUCAGUCUCUCAGGGCGCACCGCUUGGAGCUUUAGGGACCACUUCCCCGCAGUCGGACACGCCGGGGUCAGGCCGACCGACACGACGCGCACGCCUCAAACAAGAUUUGCUGAUGCUGAGUGACUGCGCCGGCCAUCCAAAGUCAACUGCCUCAUUAGUGUGUGCGUGUGUGGGCGUGUGCGUUUUUAUGUGUGUUCUAGUCUCACAUGGUUAGUAUGCGUGUGUCCAUCGUGUGCCUGUGUGUGCUCCUCCACGGCGUUAUUUCACAGCCACCCAAAGAAAUUGACACCCAAACGGAAUGCACAGAUGGCUAUCAUUGGGACCCUCAGACAGAGCACUGCAAAGACAUCAAUGAGUGCGAGACCAUCCCGGACGCGUGCAAAGGGGAGAUGAAAUGCUUCAACCACUACGGAGGCUACCUGUGCCUUCCCCGCUCGGCUUCAGUCAUCCCGGCCCCCGAACCCGCCAUCGCGCCCACCGAGGCUUUCAACCCCUGCCCCCUGGGCUAUGAGCCUCAGGGAGACAGCUGCGUGGACGUGGACGAGUGCGAACGCGACGAGCACGACUGCCAGCCCAGCCAGCAGUGCGUCAACACCUUGGGGGCCUUCACCUGCCACUGCCCCGACGGCUACCGCAAAGUGGGCACGGAAUGCAUCGACAUCGACGAGUGCAGGUACAGGUACUGCCAGCAUCGCUGCGUCAACGUUCCCGGCUCAUUUACGUGCCAGUGUGAGCCCGGCUUCCAGCUGGCGGGAAACAACCGCUCCUGUGUCGAUGUGAACGAGUGCGACAUGGGGGCGCCGUGUUCUCAGCGCUGUUACAACACGUACGGCACCUUCCUGUGCCGCUGCGAGCACGGCUACGAGCUGGCCCCCGACGGCUUCGCUUGUAACGAUGUGGACGAGUGCAGCUACUCCAGCUACCUGUGCCAGCACCGUUGCGUCAACCAGCCCGGAAAGUUCUCCUGCGUCUGCCCUGAGGGAUACCAGUUGCAAGGCACGCGACUCUGCCAGGAUAUCAACGAAUGCGAAACGGGCGAGCAUCAGUGCGCGGAUACGCAGACGUGCGUCAACAUCCACGGACGAUACCAGUGCGUGGACGCUAACCGAUGUCUGGACCCGUACGUGCAGGUGUCGGACAACCGUUGCGUGUGUCCGGUGACAAAGGCGGCAUGCCGAGAACUGCCGUUCUCCAUCGUGCACCGCUACAUGAGCAUCACGUCGGAGCGCUCGGUGCCGUCCGACAUCUUCCAGAUUCAGGCCACCAGCGUCUCCCCAGGGGCCUACAACACUUUUCGCAUUCGCGCCGGGGACACGCACGGUGACUUCUACAUCAGGCAAAUCAACAACAUCAGUGCCAUGCUGGUCCUUGCCCGCGCCGUGUCAGGCCCUCGCGAAUACACGUUGGACCUGGAGAUGGUGUCGGUCAACCCGUUGCUCAGCUACCAGGGCAACUACCAGAGCAGCUCUGCCCUCAGACUCUCCAUCUACAUCGGCCCCUACACCUUCUGAUUCCCGCCAACCAAUAAGACACCCGCAGCAGACGGAGCGGAACGACGAGGCAACGACAGAAACGUAAACCGGAAGAGAAAAAGUCAUCUUCGACUGUGCCGACAUUUAUUUUUCAGCUCACAUACAUGGAAAUCCCUUUCAGCAUUUCUUUCAUGUCCUACUAGUGCACCGAGUUCUUAAUAACGCACUAGCAAUAAAUGCUCAAACCCCUUUACGCGAACCCUAUGGCGCACUCAUUCCAUAUUCUUCAUAUCAGAAGCUCCGUGCACUCAUAUUUUCUUUCUGCUCACUAGUAAGACCAUUCAGUGUAUUUGUUGAAUAACUAGUAGGUUAAUUAUAUCUUACUCUUUUAUACUACUAGUGACAGUUUUUGUCCUCCUAGUACACAUCUCAACUUUAAUAGUAACACUACUAGGCCCAACUAGUUGGGACUGUUAACCACUGAAAGGACCAUGUACCAGUUUGUUUUUUGUCCUCACCGGUAAGACAACUAGGACAUGUUUCUGAAUGAAGUGUGGCCUUGGCGUUUAACUGGUGUACUCAAUCGUCUUACUAGUGAGGAUGAAGCGCAUGCCAGUACAUGGACCUAAAACACAUCAAGAAAAUGGUUGAGAUAGUCAGGAUGGCUUUCCACGCAUUGGUGGACUUUGAGCUUAAAAUCGUCUGCUGAAGGCUGAUAACAAAUGAGUGGAAAAAGUGUGUGCGUGUGCGUGUUUGUGUGUAUGUGCGUGUGUGUGUGUGUGAUCAUCUCAUGUGUCUCUUCCUCCCGUUUUCUUAUAGUGAUCCACGACGCACAAACUUCAGACGUCUUCUUUUUCUUCUUCUUGAUGCCUCCUAAAUUUGCGACAUUGGAACAUCUAUGUUGUAUUUUAUUUCUGUCUGUCUUAGAUUUUGAACACCAAUAAAAAUGAGAAUCUUUAAUCCCCUUAGAAUUGGGUUUUUUUUGGGGGGGG